AUGUUCAGCCGUGCGGUCGCUCGACAUCGAGAGUAUCAUGAACCGCUCUCAGAUCCCAUUAUUUACAACGAGCAGUAUCGAAUCUUAAUCUGCACCGUCCACGGAUAUACCGUUUCGUCUCUAGAGACACAUCUUCGUAACGAACACCGAGAUCUCAGUCUUAAGCGGCGAAAGAGAAUUAUUACCGCUCAUGUAGACGAUAUCUACGUUCCUCCAGAAAGUGUUGGACUCCCACCGCGACAUAUCCCCUCGGUCGAAGGUCUCACAGCACCCAUCCCGGCUUUUUCGUGCGCCGGACCCCAUUGUGGCGUCGUCAGUAGCCAUAUAAAAGGUAUUGAACAACACGCUCGAAAUAGUCAUCAAUGGAAGAAAACCGAGGAGCAGCCCGUCUUCUGGCGCUUUAUUUUCGCCCAGACGUUCUUUAUUUCCGGUGGUCUGCGAAAAUACUUCGUGGUACGUGUCGGCCCCGAUACGCCAUCCACAGCCACACCCACCACCGGCCCAUCAAGUGUCCGAAGUGCACGAGAGAUCCAUAGGGGUCACACCGCGUCUAGUUCCGGUCUUAGCACACCGGCAAUCGAUCUUGCACGCAAUCCCAGCUCACAGGCCAUCGUUCAGCGGAUGAGGGAGAAGCGGUUCGCACUAAACGCUUCUCACGAGGCCAAGAUGGAGCGACUCGACGCUCACCUCCGUAGUGAGCAAGCUACUGUCAUCUCUGCACGACCAUUCAAUCGACUUCAAAAUGCCGACAGCGAGGAUCGAUAUUUUUCGUAUAUUCGGCGGUUCAUUUGCUAUACUUACCGUGUCUGGGAUUCCGAGAGACAACGGGGCGCCGGCAUUUCCACGAGCACGUCGGAUUCUCUCCAUAUAUCUUCCGCCACCGAUAUCACUUUAGACAAUACCGUGACUUCGAAUGCUCUCGUCAACAAUACAUUUCACGGUGCACGGCCGAAUGUUUUUACGACGCUCGGAUUUGACGAGACCCGUGAGAACGACAAUGAUACUAACGAUAGCGAUUAUGAAUUAGAUUCCAACGACAAUAGUAAUGACGAACACCAUGAUCAUGACGGUACCCCAACGAGUACGACCACUCUCGGUUACUCGGACGAGGAAAUAGAUGUAAUGAAGGACGCUCGCGAAUUAUUCCCGUGGACGCAGGCCCAGUUUUCGGCGACAUCAAAUAUAGUUAAAUCUAUCUGUACGUUUAAUGAUGAUGAGGCACGAGGUCGCGUAGUUAGUGAGGCUAGUAAGAUUAAAGCUCUCCAGGUGUUUUUACAGCAGUUUCUAUUUCACCACAUUGGCGGCGAGCCGUUUAAAAGCGGGCUCAUCCAUUUUAUUGCCAUACUAGGAAUUAACGAGGAGAAUCGUCGAUUAAGAGAGGCCGUGAACUUUUCAUACGUUGUGGCUGGAUUGGUGUGGUCGCUCCGAGUAUUGGCGGCCGAGAUCUUAUUGCCCGCACAUCAACGUGAGAACUUCCCCGAUAGUCAGGAGCGACGGCUGAGGUUCCAGCGCCAUCGACAAGCGUAUCUCGCGGAUGGAUGUAGUUGUCCCAUAAGUGAACUAAUUAAUCUACUUACGUACGGUAAGUAUAUCGCACUCAACACGAGCAAUGCGAAUAGUAUUACGUGGUCCCGGGACUCCACCACGAUCUACUUUCACGAACUGACCAUCGUACUUAGUCUAUUCCGCUCCAUGGUCGUCAGUAACAUCGAACGCGCAGAGAACAUACUUUGGCGAGAGUUAAUGUAG